UAGGCGCUUCGCAGGCUACGUUAUCUUUUAUUUGAAGCAGCCUAGACAGAACAGAAGCCCCUAACCACAUUAUAAGAAUAGUAGAAUGGAGUCCGAAAUAUCCGGGUCGCAGUGAAAAGUAGCUGUUGGGGGACAGAAAGAAGAAGAAAAGUCUUUUGGAUCGAAGCUCAGACCGCAGGGUGGUAUUUCUUUUCAGGCAUGAGAUCCUUCGGUGUUGUUGCUAUGCUACCACUGCAGCGCGUGCAGCGAAAUGUGUUGCUAAGUGGUCUCUGUUAUAACCUCCCAGUCAGUAGGCCUAGAGCAGCCCAGUACACAGUCAUAUCUAACGCAGCCAGUAAAGGAAACAGCAGUAACGUUAUUAAGGAUAGAAAACAGUUCCCAUCACUACAGGAAUGCACAACUGUUUUUGUUUUUCUUGUGUAGCAUAAAAGGACUACGACUUAAUUUCGUUUUGCAACCCUGUGUUGUUACAAUGACAAUACAUACACUUUGUAGUUGCCAUCAGCAUGCCUCUCUGUUCUGUCCUUCGCUGACCAACCCAAAAAGUCCUAGCAGGAAAAGCAUAGGUAUAACUAAUAAGAAUAAAUGUUCAAGGGCUCUUUGCAUGCUUUCUCACUUUAUUACUUAAAUAGCAGCUAUAGCCCAAUAUCACCAUUUUCCUAAAGGGGCUUUACAAUCUGUACAGGAUAUGACAAUCUCUGUCCUUAGAUCCUCAUUGUUUGUGGUGACCCACACAACCGAAAGAGGACAUACUACACAAACACACAAGAGGCAAAGCUCAAGCACACCAUUCACACAGAGGAAGAAAGAUACAAGUACAACAUGCACACAAAGGAGAGAGAGACAAGAGAAGAAGCUGAAUCUAUUGGAGGACAAAGAUCCAGAUCCAAAACAUUAGGAAUAGGGCACAGAGAGAGAGAGAGAGAGAGAGAGAGGUCCCAAGACGGCCAAGAUAGUCUCAAAGUUUGUAAGAACAGAAAGUAUCUGGGAUUGAACAUAUGCUUAUUGCACUGCAUAUUCUGCAGAAGUAACUGGGGAUGAGGAAACUAAGUUUGUAUUUAAUUUCAUUUAUUUGUCUGAAGAAAAAAAUGGAAAAAUCAAGGGUGAGCAACAGGCGGCUGUUUUUGGAUAACUUUGGCUACAGUGUCAAAAACAAAUCAAGGAUUAUGGCAUUGAUAUUGAUUAAGCAAGAGAAACAGACUGCUUUAGCAUACCUAAAAUUUAAUAAACCAUCGUGCCAUAAGAGAUAGAAAACUAACCGUAUGAUUUACACCAUUUGCGUUGCAAUCUCCUGCAUGUCUGCUUAAGGAUACGUGUUUCAUCAUUAAACAACGGUGUAGACCUCUUUGACAGAAUUGUUUUAGUUGAAAGAAGUGCAACUGAAUCCAUAAGACUAGAAAGGACUGCGUUUAAGUAACUGGUACAAUUUUUGACAGUUUGUGUCGCUGCAGUGAAAGGAGCCAGGGCCACAGGCAAUCACUCCCCAAGUACAGUCAAAGUUGACUGACCAAUGUGGCGAGAGGAGAGACAAUCGGAGCAGAAACUUGCAGCGAGUGGAUUCGCCUCUACAAACUGAGUCACACCAAAAGUUUCAAGAAAUGCUAGAAAAGGCUUUAGCCUACAUCAUAGAGGAUCAACGCUUCAGGGGAGCUGACUCAGUGGUUUAUACAGCAGAACUGUGACAGGGAUUGACCCCCUCAACACUUCUCCAUUAGGGUGCUGCAAUAAGACAGCCAUGCCGCCCCCAGCCGACAUCGUGAAGGUUGCUAUUGAAUGGCCUGGUGCUAAUGCUCAGCUUAUAGAGAUGGACCAGAAAAGACCUUUGUCGUCAAUUAUACGGGAAGUAUGUGAUGGCUGGUCUUUAUCAGGAUCUGAGCAGUUUGCUCUGCGUUAUGCUGAUGGCCCUCAGCUUUAUAUUACUGAGCAGAGCCGUGGUGAAAUCAAGAACGGGACCAUCCUUCGAUUAGCCAUUUCCCCUGCUCGUGCUGCUCGUCAACUUUUGGAAAGGAUCCAGUCCCACGGUAUCGACGCUCGCCUGGAGGCUCUGAAAGAGCUCGCCAAGCUGUCCGCAGACCCAACCUUUGCCGCGGAGUUCAUCAACAUGGAGGGCAUUGGGACGCUGGCACGUCUUGUUGAGAGUGGCACCCAUUUUGGUGAAAUGCUGGCCUUCACUCUCACUGCUUUUCUGGAGCUAAUGGAUCAUGGCAUUGUUUCCUGGGACCUUAUCUCCCUCUCUUUCAUCAAACAGAUUGCAGGCUAUGUGAACCAGCCGAUGGUGGACGUGUCCAUCCUGCAGCGUUCUCUAGCCAUUCUCGAGAGUAUGGUCCUCAACAGCCACAGCCUCUACCAUCGAGUGGCACAGGAGAUCACCGUUGGACAGCUCAUCGGACACCUGCAAGUGUCAAACCAGGAGAUCCAAACCUACGCCAUCGCUCUCAUCAACGCUCUUUUCCUGAAGGCACCAGAGGACAGACGGCAGGAGGAGUAUACUAACCCGCUGGAGCAGCACCUUACUGAAAUGGCAAGCACUUUGGCUCAGAAACACCUGCGUUCCAUCAUCCUUAACCAUGUUAUCAGAGGAAAUCGACCAAUCAAAGCAGAAAUGGCACAUCAGCUGUAUGUGCUGCAGGUGUUGACCUUCAACCUUUUGGAAGAACGAAUGAUGACCAAAAUGGAUCCCAACGACCAGGCUCAGAGAGACAUCAUUUUUGAGCUGCGAAGGAUUGCUUUUGAUGGAGAAAAUGACCCCACCGGUACAGAAAAGAGAAAGGCCAUGUACUCCAAGGACUAUAAAAUGCUGGGAUUCACUAACCAUGUGAAUCCAGCCAUGGACUUCACCCAGACUCCUCCGGGAAUGCUGGCUUUGGACAACAUGCUGUACCUCGCCAAAGUUCACCAGGACACCUACAUCAGGAUUGUCCUGGAGAACAGCAGCCGCGAGGACAAGCACGAAUGUCCCUUUGGCCGCUGUGCCAUCGAACUCACUCGAAUGUUGUGCGAGAUCCUCCAGGUUGGAGAAUUGCCUAAUGAGGGCUGCAACGACUACCAUCCUAUGUUCUUCACUCAUGACCGGGCAUGGGAGGAGUUCUUCUGUGUCUGCAUCCAGCUACUUAAUAAAACCUGGAAGGAGAUGAGGGCCACAGCUGAGGACUUCAAUAAGGUGAUGCAGGUGGUCCGUGAGCAGAUCACCAGGGCUCUGGCGAUGAAGCCGUCCUCUUUAGACCAGCUGAAGAAUAAACUGCGAGGCCUCAACUAUUCAGAGAUUCUGCGUCUGCGGCAGUCGGAGAGAAUGAGCCAAGACGACUUUCAGUCUCCUCCCAUCAUUGAGCUGCGGGAGAGAAUUCAGCCCGAGAUCUUGGAGCUCAUCAAGCAACAGCGACUCAACCGGCUAUGUGAGGGGAGCUGUUUCCGCAAGCUGGGGAACCGCCGAAGGCAAGAAAAGUUUUGGUUCUGCAGACUCUCACUGAAUCACAAAGUGCUGCACUAUGGAGACCUCGAUGAGUCACCUCAGGGUGAAGUGCCUUUUGAGCUACUUAGUGACAAGAUCCCCGUGUCUGACAUCAAGUCUGUGGUGACCGGGAAGGACUGCCCUCAUAUGAAAGAAAAAAGUGCUCUGAAACAAAACAAGGAGGUGCUGGAGUUAGCCUUCUCUGUCCUCUAUGAUCCUGAUGAGACACUCAAUUUUGUUGCACCCAACAAGUAUGAGUACUGCAUCUGGACUGAUGGGAUGUGUGCGCUGCUGGGCAGAGAGAUGGGCAGUGACCUGACGCGCAGCGACCUAGAUACUCUCAUCAGCAUGGAGAUGAAGCUCCGCCUCCUCGACCUUGAGAACAUCACCAUCCCAGAAGCCCCGCCCCCCGUACCGAAGGAGCCUAGCUCAUAUAACUUUACCUACAACUACAGCUGAGGUGUGUGUGUGUGUGUGUGUGUGUGUGUGUGUGUGUGUGUGUGUGUGUGUGUGUGUGUGUGUGUGUGUGUGUGUAUGUGUGCAUGUCAAGGAUGAGUACACUCGAUCUUUUGAUGAAUUUAGCUGCAGACGUGCACCAGAUAAGGUUACUUUGAAUACUUUUUUUUUUAUUUAUUUCAAAUCCCUGGAGACUUCUCUCCAUCCGUGUUUGUGAUGCUGUAUGGUUAGUCAAAUAGCAGACAUAUGUGAGUUCAGAGGUCAGGGUCCACUACAGAGCAGUACCAGAGCUGGUAUAAUAGGAAUUUUGUGACUGAAUCUCAUUUAUCGGUGCAGUCUCCAGGCAACGGCUCUCAAUUAUUUGCUAUUUAAAGGUAUAAACGCCUGUAAAGUGAAGGAAUACUGUGCCUGAUGGGGAAUAUGGAUGAACGAAUAUAUUUUAGCCAAAUUGUGGCUUAACUGGUCAAUCAAACCAUGAGUGUGGUCUUCAUGGCAACAGAAGAUGAAGUGGCUACUAUUCCAGUUUUAAUACUGUGUUCACUUGUUUCAGUCUGUCCCUCUACAUGACAGACAAACAGUCAAACGUCACACAGGGUAGAGUGCGUGGGCCGAGAGAUUACACAUUCACACACUCCUGAAAUGAGAUUCAGCCAGUGUCUUGCUCAAGGCCAGGAGGAGGGAUACACACACAGUGGGAUUGAACACAACGUUUCUGGUGAAAGGACGUUUAUUUGAAUGGAGUCUGGUGGGUUUAGCGAUAGUGUGUUUGGGGAUGUUUCAUGUUAAACAAAAAAGGAUUGACCUUUGUAGAGAUCCUUUCCACAAUAUUGUCAGAUAAUUAGAACAAUAAUCUAAGCAUGGCAGGAGUAAAACAAGCACUUUUUGUGGACAUAAAUUGAAAAUGAGCAAUUGCCCAUUAACUUACAUUGUAGCUUGUUUCGCCGAUGCCGACUGCAGCGGCCUUGCUUAAUACUGGACGAAUUUCAAAGA